AUGGCUAACGCCAUGCAGGUGGAUGUGGAGGCUCUACCCGGGUGCGAGGUACCAAAGGGCUGCGUCCUGGGUAUCAGAGUCGGAGAGACUCUGAAGCAAAAACGGUUUGACUCAACUCGAACCAGUUGCUCCUUCCCAAAGCCAGACUACAAAAUGAGCGCUAACAUAGACAUUUACCAGCAUGUCGGUUCUGGUUCAGUAGAUGUCGAUCCAAGCCUGUCGUCCACGGACCAGGUUUCUAUUGGUGGUUGGGAGACGACUCAAUCUAUCAGGCUGAAAGUAACCACUCAGUCAGCUGAAGGAUCCGCUGAGGAACAACAUCAGCGGCGGCAAGUCGAAAAGCAAGAAACCAAGACUCUAGCAGACUGCAUUGCAAAGUUGGUGAAAAAACAACCUGACGACCCCAUCGAGUUUCUCUGUCAACAGUUGCAAGACUUCAAGCUAAAGGCUGGAGCCGAGUCUUCUGGAACAGGAAAUUCCUGA